GGAAUAACUGGAGGUUAUCAUUAAGUUGUAACAAGACUAAAUGGUAGGCAAGAACAACAAAAUCUGAAUUUCGGCACAAAUUUACACUAAAAAGCAUGAUUUCAGAAAUUAUCCUCCAAUAUCCAAUUUUUUUUAAUGUAGUAUGGUGUUGGUUUGAGCAUGAAGAAUUACUAAAAAUAUGUAGAUGUAUAAGUGAUAUGUGACCUAAAGACAAGGUAGUCAACUGAUGUUCCUUGAAAGAUGGAUGAAAAGACAAGGAUUGUUGAGGUGCUGAGGUUAUUAUUUAGGUCAUCGGAAGAGGAGGUCAUAACCCAGCUAUCAAACAACCUAGAUCUGUUGGAUAUUCAGUUUGGAUAUGAAUAUCUGUCAGAAUCACCCUGUGUAUGCAUGAAGAUGUUAGAACAAGUCAAACACAAUGGUCAUAUAUUUCAUCCAGAAAAAGUCAUAGAAUUUAUACUUCAUGGAAAAUGUAGUCAUGUGACAAACAAAAGUAAUCCAAGAUUUAUUCGUCAAGCAAGAACCUCAUUCCUUAUCGUAUCUUGUAUUUUACAAAAAUUUGACAUCAUUAAAUUCUUGACAGACAAUGGUGUAUCUUUAGAUCAGAAAACUUCAUCAAUGAGUCUCACACCACUUAAUGCUGCCAUUUUAAGUAAAAACAUGAACAUUUUCAAUUUUAUCCUUUCGUCAGGUGUAGAUGUAAACACUACAUGUACUCCAUGUACGAAUAAAGUUUCUAGUCUAAUGUUAGCGGUAUUAGAAGGUGCUGAAGAUAUGGUGGAAAUUCUACUUGAUCAUCCCAAUGUUAACAAAUCUUACAUAAACACUCAGAGUAAAACAGCUUUAUGUUGUGCUGCAGAAAUUAACUCAGUAAGACUUGUCGAUAAGUUGAUUAAAGCAGGAUUAAAAGCUACGAAUAUGACAAUAUGUAAAGCCGUGCAAACAAAUAAUGCUGAGUUGUUACAACUUGUGAUCAGUUCCAGAAGAUACUUUGUUCCACAGUUUCAAACAUAUGCUUUACAUACUGCCGUAAAACUAAGUAACAAAAGUAUGCUUAAGCUUCUUCUUGAUAGAGGUUUUCAUUUCAAUCAUGGGACAGACAAACUAUAUGAUCAGGAAUCUUUACAUUUAGCAGUUCUUCGAAAUGAUGAAGAUAUGGUUAGAAUUUUGCUAAAUCAUCAAAUAAAACUUGACAAUGAACUAAAUGGCUAUACAGCUCUGGAUUGGGCAGAAUUAAUGGAUUAUGAAGGUAUUAUUGAAAUGAUCAAAAAUGAAUAUAGGCUGAGGUGUAUAAAGCCACAACAGAAAAAAGACAGGAACUGUAUUAUUGAUGCACUAUUUGAAAGAGAUGGAAUAAACCGGUCAGGUGUUAUCAGAAAAUUGGCAUCAAAAGGGUUUGAUAUAAACAGUCACAGUAAAGAAGGUCUGACAAUGCUACAUGAAGCUGUAUUUGAUCAUGAUUCUGAUUCACUGAAGGUACUUUUAGAACUGGGAGCAAAUCCAGAUAUAAAUUCUACAUCUAUACCAAUUAGAACACCAUUGUAUGAUGCUGUUUCAAAUGGAAACAUCAUGGCAUCAAGAUUGCUUUUAGAUGCUAAUGCCUCAAUGGACUUUAUUGUAAAAUAUGAAGAGAAUAUUAUAGUAAAUGACCUUAAUGACAAUGAUAAUGGCUACAUAGUACCCCCAGAAGAACUCCCAUUAGAAAGAUCUGUGUUAUGUGCUGCAGUCUGCAGAAAUUUAGCUGACAUGGUCUGGUUGUUGUUGUCAUCAGGAUAUAAUAUACAGCAAGAGAAAAAGACAUCAUUGCAGUGGAUGAUUGAAAAAAGUAAAAGUGAUGAUAUUCGAUUAUGGUUAUCGUGUAAUGUAGAAAGUCCUCAAAAUCUGUUGAUUUGUUGUAGGGAUUAUAUUAGAAAACUGUACAAAUAUGAUUUGAAAUUGUUUGUUGAAAAUCAGUGUAUACCACAGCAUUUGAAAGACAAACUUUUGUUAAAGGAUAUUUUAUAUAGAGACGUAAGAAGCUCACAGAGAUUUUGCCACUGGAGAAAUAUUUAUUAAGGAUUUUACAUGUGAGCUGCGUUGGAUAAAAAUCGACCUUAUGCAAGUGGACGUAUACAUGUACAUUUAUAAGACUUUCAUUGAUUUUGGAACAUUCAAAUAAGAAAUAAUAGAUUAAUUUUGGUCUGUUUUGUAGGGUUCUUAUAACAACUCAAUUUUCAAACGGUUACAGACUUUCUGUAGAGAUUUUUUCAACUCAUAAGUUAACAGAUAUAUUGAUAUUAAUUUGUAUAUGGUAUAUUUCUAUCCGACACAGCUCAUGUGAUAAGAGACAUAUGAUUUUAAGUCCUUUUAUAUUACAUGUAUUAGAAGCUUAAACUCUUGCACCAGUAUCGUUUUAAUAGGUCAGUUUGUUUUCAGCUUCCACUGAUGUAUGACAGUUUUUGGGAAGAUUCUAAAUUCAGACAAUCAGUGCUUGUAGAUCAAUAAUUGUAGAAAUGUGUAUACUAUUUUACUACUUUAUAAUGUUGUGUCAUGAAUGUGACAGGUGCAUUUAGUUUUAAAUUUAAAUUUUGUUUGUUUACUUGAUAGUCCAACUCUCAGAAGCCAGUAAUGGUAUAUCCCUGAUAUUUUUAAUCAUUAAACUCUUAUAAAAUACAACAUUUGAAUCACCUUGACCUACUUUUCAUGCUUAAUGACCAUGAUUUUUUUAUUUGUUUAAUUUCUUUUCAACCCAUGAUUAUUCAUCAGUAAAUUUCCAUUUUUAGGUUGUUUUACAGACAAUAAUCAUAAAGUAGUUUGUGUGACCCAGAAAUUAUUUUAAAUCAUUGUUUAAUAUUUCUUAAAAUUACUUGCCCGAUGUCUUAAGUUAUUGUUUAAUUAUCUCCUAACCCAUCUUAGAUUUUGUCAUUGUUAAGAAUUUUUGCAAUGUUUACUUAAAUCAUAAAGUGAAUUUUCUUCAUUUCUCCUUUUUCUGUUUAACUUCAUCAAAAUUAGGCCUAUCGCAUUUAAAAAUCUAUUUGCAUAAACCAAACUUGUAAUAAUGCUCAAAAAGGACGCAAUCAAAAUUUUGAUCAAUAGGAUUAAGUAUGACCUAACUUGAUCAGGUGCAAUGUUUAAUUCCUGUUUAUACCAUCAGAUGUAGCAUUUGUGCACAUAAAAAUACACCAAGUAUUUAAUCAUAACCUUUUUAUACUACCGCCAAAAAUAUUUGCGGUCGUAUAUUGGUAUGACGGUGGUGUCGUCGUCCGAAGACACAUUGGUUUUCGCACAAUAACUUUAGUUUAAGUGAAUGGAUCUCUAUGAAAUUUAAACAUAAGGUUUAUAACCACAAAAGGAAGGUUGGAAUUGAUUUUGGGGGUUAUAGUCCCAACAGUUUAGGAAUUAGGGGCCAAAAAGGGGCCCAAAUAAGCAUUUUUCUAGUUUCAUGACAAUAACUUGUGGAACAGUGUAUGGAUCUCUCUGAAAUUAUACCACAAGUUUCCUUACAAUUUUUUCUCCUCAAGAUUUCAGAAAUCAAAAAGAAAAUCUUUCAAAUAUUUUUUUUUUGAAAAAAAGGGGGGGGGAGGUCAAUUCGCAACAGCAAAGUGGAUUUCACAAAAGCAAAAAAUUGAAUAUAAAUUCAAAUCAUAUAACCAAUUCUAAGUUCUUUGACUACAGUUAUUCUGUGUCGGAAACCUAUUAAGUGUCAAAUAUUGAAUUACAAUCCAAAUUCAGACCUGUAUCAAGUGCGAAUAUUGUGUCCAUUUUGGCCCCAACGGUUCAGGGUUGGGCCUCUGCGGUCGUAUCCAGCUGCGCUCGGCGAAGCAAUUUAUUACCAUAUGCAUUUAUGUCAGGAAUUUUGUAUAUUCCUUUCAUAUACCGGUAAUUAUUUUAAUGAUAUUUUUUACACACAAUAUGUUUUGUUUAAUCUUUUAUUAAUUUUUUAAAUACCAUACAUCUAUUUUCUUUUUCAUGAUUUUAUAGUAAUCUAGAAUGAAGUUUUUGAAUUUUUUAUUACAUGAACUUUACAUGUGUUUAUUUCCUAAUCAUUGGCAUUUUUGCCAUCUUUAUGGCCCAACAAAGUCAUGAUGGUGAGACUUGAGUGUGCUAUUACCAGCAGCGUUAACAAUUUGUUAAAAUUUAUGGUUAUGUCAGUUUAUAAUGGUAAUUCAACGAUAGCUGGUAUUUAGUUGUAUAAGCAUUGGCACAUCUCAUUUUAAUGGAGAUUAUAAGGCCUCACCAAUACAGUCAUGUCAACAGUUUUAAGAGAAAAGGUGAAAGUAUGAAGAUUCCAAAAAAAGAUUUGGGACCAAAAAUCUUCAUUUUUGAAACUCAAAUUUUCAGGGUUUGCAAAAGAAGGCAAAAAAUUCAGAAAUUAUUGUGUACAUUUAUUAUUGCGAUUUUAAAAGGAGGGACAAAAAUGUGAGAUUAAUUAUUGUGAUUUAAGAAAAUGCUGCAUACAAAUAGUGCUAUCUAAUUUCAAAAUGUGAGUUUUUAUUUUUGCACCACAUAUUCGGUCACAAUUUUUGCAAUAAUAAAAACAUUGCAAAAAAUUUCUGGAUUUACAGUAUUUAUAACGCUUUCAUUUUAGAUUUUUGUUUCUCAAGUUUUGCUUUGCAUAAUAGCUUUUUAUGUUUACUCUGUCAGUGUACUGACUUAUAUUGAAGUAGAUUGUUAGUUUAUACUUAACAUAGAUUUGUUUGGUGUGAUACUCAGGUGUAGUAUUUGAUAUUCUGAUAUGUUUUCUAUAGAUUCACUAUGCAAGAAUGUUAAAAGAAAUAGAAUGAUAAAUUAAAUACUUUUGAAACUC